UUAUCAACAGACAAAAAUCGCGGCUCUAUUGUCGAGGACGGAGUUUUUAGUUUACGCGGUGAUGGAGCCAAAGCCAGAGGCAGCCAAAGGGUUUGAACUCUGGUUAAAAAAUUCACUAUCAGGGGACCAUUCCCAAACUUCGUUCCCUCUCGAUUUAAGUUUAUUCACUUAUGGUGGCAUAUUUCUGGAGCCCACCAUUGGUUCUUCCUUUACCAAUCUCAUUUCUUCUAGAGGUAGCUCAGUUAAGAUUUCGAGUUUAGAUGUUUCUUCUUCUAUUUCAAAAAGUUCAAUUUUAUGUGGGUUUAGGAGAGAAAAAAGGCAAAACAGUAAAGAUGCUGUCAGUGGUUUAUUUUUUUCGGUCAGCUUGAGCAACGAUGGGCCGCAGCUAGUGCAGCAGCAGCAAACAAAUGAGUAUAAUUUGGUGCAAAACGGCGACGGAGACACUAAAAACCAUGUCGAUUUGGAAGGAAGAAGGAAACGGAAAAUUACGGUUAGAGGAGGACGCCGUGCUGCAGUGAACACUACCAAUCAUUUAUGUGCUGGAGCUAUUGCAGCUAUGGUUUCAAGAACUGUUGUGGCUCCUUUAGAGAGAUUAAAGCUGGAAUACAUGGUUCGUGGAGAGCAAAAGCAUAUAGUAGAAUUAAUUAAGACAAUUGCGAGUACUCAAGGAUUGAAAGGGUUUUGGAAAGGGAACCUUGUUAACAUUCUCCGUACAGCUCCAUUUAAAGCUAUCAAUUUUUGUGCAUAUGAUACCUAUAGAAAGCAAUUGCUUAGAUUCUCCGGGAAUGAGGAGACGACAAAUUUUGAACGGUUUGUUGCUGGUGCUGCUGCUGGGAUUACUGCUACUAUACUCUGUUUGCCGCUCGAUACUAUCCGGACCAAGAUUGUUGCACCUGGUGGGGAAAAUUUGGGUGGGGUAAUUGGUACUUUCCGAUAUAUGAUUCGAACUGAAGGGUUCUUUUCCCUUUACAAGGGUUUAGUGCCUUCUAUCAUAAGCAUUGCACCUUCAGGGGCAGUAUUCUAUGGAGUGUAUGAUAUAUUGAAGUCUGCUUAUCUGCAUUCACCUGAGGGCAGGCAAAGAAUAGAAAAUAUGAGCCAACACGGGGCGGAACUGAAUGCUUUGGACCAGCUAGAGUUGGGACCGAUUAGGACAUUGCUGCAUGGAGCUAUUUCUGGUGCUUGUGCAGAAGCUGCUACAUACCCAUUUGAAGUAGUGAGGAGACAACUUCAACUUCAAGCCCGGUCUUCUAAACUGAGUGCACUAGCAACCGGUCUUAAAAUUGUUGAGCAAGGAGGGAUUCCAGCUCUAUAUGCAGGACUCUUUCCCAGCUUACUGCAGGUACUUCCUUCUGCAUCAAUAAGUUUCUUCAUGUACGAGUGUAUGAAGAUUGUUCUCAAAGUAGAAUGAGUUGUGAUAAUGAAUUUAUUAGCAAAAUAACUGGAGCUAUUGCGGUCGCUCAAAGAUGAGCUCAGAAUGUAAUCAACAUGGUAAGGCUUAUCAUUUAUGCAUGACUUACCAUAAUUCUUGUACUUCAGAAAGAAGAGAAAAUGAUCAUUUGGAAAUCUAUGAUAUCCUUUGAUUCAA